CUAAUCUUGAACUUGUAUUUUGUAUCUUGUGUUUACUAUUUUAUUAUUAUUUUUUAUUAAACAGCUAUACUUUAAAUUGAAUUCUAUUCGGAAUUCCGAUUCAAUAUUGAUUGAGCAAUAACUGUGACUGAUUAAUACCGAUCAAUUAUAAAUUUAAUCGUCGUUUAGUUGUUAUUUUUAAAAAAGUUUUAAAAUAUUACAUGCAAUUAUAAAAUAUAACUAGAAAACGCCCAAAUCUAUGGAAAAGCUCAUAGAAAAUGGUUGGCCACGACUUGUUUACGAAGGCGGGGGGAUAGCAGGGGUGAGUUUACUCAUCCAGGUAGGCGCUAAUUGAGUGACUUGCAGCAUUAGUUGGAGUAUCAGAAACAACCAUUUAGAACAUCCUACAUCAACAUCUUGGCAUGACUGAAGUCUAUGCAAGAUGGGUCCCGAGAACGCUAGAAACUCGAGCGGGUAGAAAGUUGCCGUGAGUCUUUGGACCACUGUGGAGAGCAAAGGGUGGAAGUUAUGGCCCAAAUUAUUACUGGUGAUAAAACUUGGGUUCACCAUUAUGUACCUGAGUCAAAGCAAGAGUCGAUGCAAUGGCAUUAAAAAGGCACACUCCCUCCUAAGAAGUACAAGGUGUUUCAAUUGGCCGGCUCGUAUCUGUACCAGGUUUUCUUUAACUGAUGUGGUGAAUCAACUGAUUGCAACAAACAUGGUGAAAUAUGUGAUAGGCAACAAAGAUACAUUGCAAUAUUUAUCUUGGCUGAAAUAUAAUGGUAUGAACACAGUCAAUAGCUCAUGAAUAACUUUACGGACUGAUUUUAUAAAUAAAUGCUUCUGGAUGCUCCAAUGACAUAAUUAAUAUUAUAAUUAAAAUAGUAACAAAAUGUAAAAUAGAAAUAGAUAGUUUAGGAAAUGAAGCUAUUAUGAGUUUAAGUUUAUAAUAUAGGCUGGUAGGUGCUUUUUAGUGCCCAAAGUACUGAUUUAACAAUUACGAGACAGAUUUCUAUUGCUUUGCUUCUGCAGUCUUUAUACUACUGGAACAAAUGAUGGAAAGACGAAGUGAAACCGUAUCUUUACCGAUUUUAGGACACUAACUUGAGAAAAGGAAAAUGGAGGAAUCGCCACCGGAGACGCGGAAGAGAAGCGUUAAGAGUGAAGUUUCUCUAGAGUUAUCAGAUAUCCAGAAGGAAAAUGGAAACACAAAUGGGCAGGUAGUCCAUGAACUUUUAGAUUACGAACCAAAUGGCUGGUUUGAACAGAGUAUGCUAAAGAUGAGCACCAGUACUGAAGAUUUCGUGAAGAAAAACAGCUCAGCGAUGAAAAUCAUUUUAAUUUUCCUCAUCAAUGGCUUAGUAAUCGGCUUCUUCUUUGGCUGUUUAUAUUAUUGGCUUAAUAUUAAUAAACAACCAUUGGAACUCUGUAACGGGUUUGGGAGUCUAAUAGCAUUACUUAGUAUAAUAUACUUCUUUGUAAUAUAUUUUCAAAUAGUCAAGAGAUUCUGUGGUAAAUGGUUCGAAGAGACAAUAUGGAGAAGGAUAGAAUCAUCAAUGGAACCGCUUCUGAAAAAGGUCUGGUUUCCCUGGCUCACUGCAGCAGUAGUGCUGGCAGCGGUAGCAGUGUUUCUCUAUUUCGACACUAGAGGCGCCACUGACAGACUUACUCCGCUGAUCGCAAUUGCUUUCUUAUUAAUUGUGGGAUUUGUGUUUUCGGCUCAUCCGGGGAGGGUGAAUUAUCGCACGGUGUCAGUGGGGUUGAUGAUACAAUUUCUAUUCGGUGUCAUCUUUAUAAGAUGGAAUACUGGAAGGUUGGCGUUACAAUGUUUUUCGGAUAAGGUUGCCACUUUCCUGUCAUAUGGAGUGGAUGGUGCUGCGUUCGUUUUUGGAGAUCUUCUCGUGAGAACUGAAGGAGUCUUUGCAUUUAGUACCUUACCAGUAAUAUUCUUCUUCAGUAUGUUAGUGGAAGUGCUCUUCUUCUGGGGAGCCUUGCAGUGGUUUUGUUUGAAGCUUGGCCAUUUGUUACGAGGCGCCACCAAUACAACUGUUUGCGAGAGCGUGAUCUGUGUUGGGAAUAUAUUUCUUGGCAUGUCUGAAUCAGUUCUCCUGGUGAAACCUUAUUUGGCUCUUCUCACGCCUUCAGAAUUGCAUGUCAUAAUGUCAUCUGGUUUUGCAACAGUUUCCGGUACAAUUCUGGCAGCGUACAUAGGGUUCGGGGCAGAGCCAGCUCACUUGGUGACAGCCAGCGUGAUGUCGGCUCCUACUGCCAUCUGCUACUCCAAGCUGCUGAUGCCGGAGACUCGGAGAUCCCUCACCAGGGUCGAUAAUAUUCAGUCUGUGGAACGACAAGACCAAUCCGCGUUAUCAGCAGCCACUCGUGGAGCCACAAACGGAAUAGCUCUGGUUCUGAACAUAAUAGCCAACUUGGUGGCUUUUGUCGCUGUAGUGGCAUUUGUCAAUGGCCUUUUGGGAUACUGCGGUGGUCUUUUGGGCAAUCCAGACUUAAAUCUCGAGUGGAUCUUGGGGAAGGUGUUCAUACCGCUGUGCUGGAUGAUGGGUGUUCCAUGGGAAGAGUGUGAAUUGGUUGGAUCUCUUAUCGGACUGAAGACUGUAGUCAAUGAAUUUGUGGCUUAUCAACGGAUGGGAGAGAUGAAGAGAGAAGGACUUUUGUCUGGUCGAUCGGAGUUAAUAGCGACGUACGCGUUAUGUGGUUUCACCAAUCCAUCGUCAGCUGGAAUCAUGAUCGGAGCAAUAGCGGCCAUCGCUCCUCAGCAACGGGAGACCCUCUCUUCGUUGGCGCUGCGUGCGUUUUUUGCUGGCUGUGGUAUUUGCUUCUUGAAUGCGUCCGUUGCAGCUCUACUCAUGCCGGAGGGAUCUUUUGGAUAAUGAUGCCAGUUAAUUUUAUUCAUAUUUUUAAGACACAUUCCGAAUCGUAUUAGAAGCCAUGUAAAUAGAUUUAGUAUUAAAGUUUUUUUAAGACUAAUAAAAAGAUUUAUUGA